AGAGGAAAAACUGACUGAAUGAAUGCCAGUGAACUGUCUGUAGGAUUGAUCAUCGUGUUUCAGACUAUGAUUGGAAUUUUGGCUAAUUUCUCUCUCCUCUACCACUGUAUGUUUCUUUACCUAACAAGAGACAGGUUGAGGCCUACAGACUGGAUUCUGAUGCACUUAAUUGUAGCCAACAUCUUAACAUUACUGUCCAAAGGCAUACCCCAUACAAUGGCAGCUUUUGGCUUGAAAGACUUCCUCAAUGAUAUUGGAUGCAAAUUGAUUUUCUCCCUUCACAGAAUAGUUAGAGGUGUUUGUAUUGGCAGCACAGCCAUCCUCAGUGUCUUCCAGGCCUUAAUCAUCAGUCCCAGGUUCUCCAGAUAUUCAGAACUUAAAGGAAAAAUUCACAAGUGCAUUUUUUAUUCUGUAUACCUGAACUGGGUGAUUCACUUCAUUAUAAGCAGUAUUAAUCUUGUGCAUAUGAGGGGAAAAUAUAGCAAUGAAAGUACAACAAACCUAAAGUCUUAUAUAUACUGCCAUGCUGUGCGUCAUAAUCCAACCAGUGACAUCUUGUAUGCAGCAUUAUUGUCAUGUCCUGACAUACUUUUCCUGGGAAUCAUGCUAUAUGCCAGCGGCUUCAUGGUUCUAACUCUGUAUAGGGACAAGCAAAGGAUGAAAUCAAUGCCCAGGAUAAAUGUUUCUUCCAGAUCCUCCCCUACAUCCAGAGCAACUAAAACCAUCCUUUUUCUGAUCACCACAUUUGUAUCCUUUUAUACAAUCUCUUCUCUGUGUCAACUCUUAGUAAGUCUCAUUUAUAAUCCCAGCUGGUCUCUGUUGAAUGUGACUGCAAUGUCAUCUUUGUUUUUCCCCACUAUUUGUCCUUUUCUCUUCAUCAGCCAUGACUCUUGGGCAUCCACCUUUUGCCUGCCCUUGAAAAUGAAUAUUUUCCCAAAGCCUCUAGCCAAGAACUAA